CGUUGCUGCUCGUUAACAACAGAGCAGAGCUGGUCUCUCGCUUGGAGUUCUUGGGCCCUGCAACCCAAAGAUACUGUGUACGGUCACCGCUUUUAAGUCUAGGGUCCUCUGAUCCAAUAAUCGAAUUGGGAAAAUCGCCCUAAAACCGUCGUCGCGAUGGCUUCGACGCGUCCUCCGUCGAUGGCGUCCGAUUUUCCAGAUGUUUCAAUCGCCUACGAGCAUAAGAAUAAUAGUGUCUCGAAACCACCACCACGUCUCCAGCCAUCACCCAUGCCACUGCAGCCGGUCGAAAAGAACUGUAUUCCGGAUCCACCGUCCAGUGGUUCGCACCAGGUGUCGCCUGUCAAGUCCCACCGUCGCCUGGACUCAUCCCACUCCGCGAAGGGGAAAUUGGGCUUCGUUCCCAUUACAGCGCCUGCUCCUCCAAUGUUCACGACAGACUCGCCUGCCAAAAGGCACCCGUUCUCUGCCUAUGGCCCUACAUCGAUGCCACAGCCGCCUCUCUUCACGACGUUCUCCAGUGUGGACACCGAACAGCCUCAGAACGGUGGUCGACCUGGAUCCAGACCAAGCAAUGACAACUUUGCCGACUUCCCAGAACCAUCGUAUGGAUUGAGGCCUCCCCUCAAGCGAACGCUCAUGGAGGCAGCCCCGUUGAAGGAUAGACCCGCAAAGAAACAGAGACGCGAGGAGUCUCUCCCCUUCCAGCUACCCGAACCGCAUGAGAUGCCGCCGAUUGAAGAUGACGGCACCAAGCCUCCUUACAGCUACGCGACUCUGAUUGGAAUGUCUAUUCUCCGGGCACCGAAUCGACGACUGACCCUGGCCCAGAUCUACAAAUGGAUCUCUGAGACCUUCUCGUUCUACCGUACCAGCGAUUCUGGCUGGCAGAACAGCAUUCGACACAACCUCAGUUUGAACAAGGCGUUUAUCAAACAAGAGAGACCGAAAGAUGAUCCGGGCAAAGGGAACUACUGGGCCAUUGAGCCCGGUUUGGAGGCCCAAUUCCUGAAAGACAAGCCUCUCCGCCGUGCUACCUUAUCCAGCAUUCCACUUCCUCCAGCAGGUCCUCAGAGGGAUUCUGUCCCUUCUCCUCAAACUCAAAAUACGACUACCUGGAGAGUGCCUCCGCCAUCUUCUGCCAGCGCUCCUCAGAAAACUUGCAAAGCCGUGGAUUUGUCUUCAGAUGCCACCUUGCCCGCCUCUGACCCGGCUCUUCAGGAGGACAGUGGAGAUGAAAACCCUCAUGUAUUCGUUCCGCCAUCUCAUCCGCCUCGUUCCUCUCCGCUACAGGCGAUUCACUCAUCCCCCCCGAUUGCCCCUCCCCGCUUCGUGCGUCAAGGCACUCCUCCAACGCCUUCGCGCCCAGUGUCGUCCUCGACAAAUGCACCGCGGCACCGGAAGCGAAAGUCGGUUACUGCCAAUGAUAGCGGUUAUUUCUCCUCUUUGGAAUCGUCCGCUUUAAGGCCGAACAAGUCAGGUCAUAUUUUGACCUCAGAUCUCGAUAUUGAACCUCCCCGUAUCAAGCGCGGUCGUGCAGAGGAGGAAAUUGCGCGCAUCCGCAGCUCGUCCCACGACAUUAGCCCAGGCCGUCCUGGCAUAUCAAAGGACACAAGCUUGCUGGCUGGUUCCUCUCCACUUCGUGGCGAGUAUAUCAGCAUGCUACCGCCUCCGCUCACUCCGGCAAUCAAGUUCAAGAAACCCGCCAAGCCGCCGCCAUCGCUGUCUCCGAACACAAACUUGAGAAACCAUCGCAGGAAGAUCCAACAGAUGGUCAAUUCGCCAAUCAAACACCUAGGCUUGACUGAGGAGGACAUUCCUUGGAGUCCGGCCUUUGACAUCCACGAUGACACGCUAACCCCUGCCGACAACUUCCAUGUCCAUUUUGAUAUCUUCGCGGACCCUCUUGCAGACAGAAUAGCCACCCCGAUUUCUGGAUCACCUCUCAAAGCUUCAGUGAAAGCAUCGCGCACCGAUGGUGCUGGUUCGGCCGAGAAUGCCCUGACGGAUAUUACCAACGUGGGCGGUACUAGUCGGUUGAAUACUACCCCCUUGACAUCCUUGAACAAAGCCAAAGGCCUUGCCUACCUUGAGUCGCCUUCGAAAAUGCCUGAUACUAGCCGUUUUAUUGAUGCCACUCACGACGAUUUCUUCUCCUUUAGCCUCUUUGAUGAGAACCAUGCGGAAGUUGACGGGGUGGAUCUCCUUCAAGGCUUCCAGAAAAUCGGCGGCUCCUCCCUAGAGGACUCGAAAGGUCGUACAAUGAGACCGAAUAUGGGUCAUCGAAACCACACCUCACUUUUUUGAUCUUGAUUGAUUUACUUUUACACAUUUUGACGUUCGUUUUUACUUUGCAGCGAAGCGGAAAUUGGUUCUACUUGCCAGGCGUUGGUUACAUUUUGGGUUCGUGCUUGCUCUUGGGACGAACUCGGCGAGAUAUGUGACACCGGGCGAAGCGAAUCUUGAUUUCUAGGUACUUGUUUUGAGUUACUGAGGAGUUUCUGGUCACUGAGCUAUUGCUAUUUUGCUUUUUGAUCGUUAUCGACAAUAGUUUGGAGUUAGGCUGGGACCAGGGUAGGAGUCACUUGGGCUGUCACAUUUGCCGGGUCUGGUUAUGGCCACUCUGUGAUGACUUUGAUGAAACCUGUUGACGUACAUGAACAAUGCUAUGCCUUGAUGAUUUCAGCUUAACCACUUGGUUCUAAAUUGUUACCUUUCCUUGAUCUUCUGUUCAUUUCGAGUUUGAUAACCAGUGGAAUGACUAGUUAAUGGUAAUUGAGAUUUGA